AUGGCGGCUGCCGGCGAGCCCAUCGUUUGUGUUUUUACUUUUGUUGCCGUUGUUGUUGUUGUUGUUGUUGCUGCAGAGGAGACGGAAGGAGGUCGAGGGAUUCCGGAGAAGUGGCCGGGGCCGGAUGGCAUCGGGAAGGAGGAGGCCGGCGGCGGCGAGGAGGACCCGGUGGCGUCCCCGCGGGGCGUCCUGGAAAUUCCGUCGCUAGGGUCAGACUCCGAUCACAGCAGCAGCAGCAGCUCGUCCUCGACGGCGGCGGCCGAGAAGCCGACGGCGGCUCAGAGGCUGCACUGGUGGGGCGUGCUGGACGCGCUGAGGCGGAGUUCGGCGAAGAAGCAGAUGCUUCCGCUGCUGGCGGCGGGGAGCCCGGCGAAGGGGAGGGCCGACGCGUGCGAGCUGGACGCUCCUUCUUCGCGGAGAGGAUCGAAGACCACGACGGCCACGAUGACGAAGAAGAAGAAGAAGAAGUUGCUGCGGAUUCGCAGCGCCGAGGACGGGAUGGAUUGCGGGGCUCUGAAUCUGCCGGCGUCGAAGCCGACUUGGCGGAGCUUCGACCUCGCGGAGCUCGUGGCGGCUACGGACAAUUUCUGCCCUGAGAACUUGAUAGGCAAAGGAGGGCAUGCCGAAGUGUACAAAGGGCGAUUAUCGGAUGGCCAACUCGUAGCGGUGAAGCGAUUGCUCAAGAAAGAUAAGGAAGAAGAGACUAAGACUGCCGAUUUCUUGUCUGAACUGGGGAUCAUAGCCCACAUUGACCACCCGAAUGCGGCUCGGUUGCUCGGGUACGGCAUCGAUGGGGGUCUGCACCUUGUUCUCCAGUUCUCUCCUCACGGGAGCCUUGCUUCGGUACUUCACGGUUCAACAGAGAGUCUUGAAUGGAAAAUAAGGUUUAAGGUUGCUGUAGGAGUGGCCGAAGGACUGAAAUAUCUCCACUACAGUUGUCAAAGGAGGAUCAUUCACAGAGACAUCAAAGCCUCCAAUAUAUUACUCACCGGAGACUAUGAGCCUCAGAUAUCUGAUUUCGGAUUGGCAAAGUGGCUUCCUGAGAAGUGGGCUCAGCAUGUUGUGUUCCCAAUCGAGGGCACGUUCGGAUAUUUAGCCCCGGAAUACUUCAUGCACGGAAUUGUAGAUGAAAAGAUUGAUGUUUUUGCAUUUGGAGUUCUGCUACUCGAGCUCAUUACAGGUCGUCGUGCUGUUGACUCAACCCGCCAGAGCCUAGUUAUGUGGGCAAAGCCACUCCUCGACGUAAAUAACAUCAGAGAAUUGGUGGAUCCUCGGUUGAAAGAUACUUAUGAUAUUGUUGAAAUGCAAAGAGCCACACUGACGGCUUCAAUGUGCGUUCAAUGCAUAUCCACCAUGCGUCCAGAUAUGAAAAAGGUUGUGCAGAUGCUGAAGGGUGAGGAUGGUGCCAAAGAGUGGAAGCAGAAAUCAGUAUCAGGAAGAGCACUUCUCUUGGAUGCCUGUGACCUGGAAGACUAUUCUUGCACUACCUAUCUCAAGGAUCUUAACCGGCACAUGCAGCUUCUUAUGGAGUAAAUGUUCAGUGCAUCAGCAUUUCUCACAAUUACUUAGUCAUUGCCAAGAAGAAUUCUUUGCAUGUGCCAUAUGGAGGGGGAGAAUUAGCAAGUUGGCUAAUUGCUCAAUUCCUUUAAAAAUGUAAACACGAGCGCAUCACCCUUUUUUUUUCCUAGGGAGUGAAAAUAUCAGAAAAGCAUGUAAAAUGGGUGCUAUGAUACAAUCAAUAUGUAAUCUCUUCCUCGUUGUCGUUACUUAUGAGAAAUAUUAAA